CUUUCGAAUUUAUGUUUUUUUUUUUUGGUUUUUUUUAGUUUAAAGUUUAGGGUUUUAGGGUUUAAUGUUUAGAAUUGAUAACAAGUAUGGUUUAUCUUCGAAUUUAUGUUUUUUUUUUUUGGUUUUUUUUAGUUUAAAGUUUAGGGUUUUAGGGUUUAAUAAAAUCAGAAGAGCAGAGAAAGUAGUGAUUAGAUUGUAAACAUCUAGUAGUCUAGUGUUUAUCUAGUACUUUGCAUUGACCUUUGGCAUGGCUUCAAAUUGAAUAGUUGAUUUUAUGCAUUCGGAUGCAUAAAUUCUAUGUUAUUACUCAUUAUAUAAGCGUUGUUGCAUAAACUUAUCAUUGCAGAAAAAUGCCCAACUCUGCUAUCAGAAAGUGUGCUCGUGUGCAGUUGAUUAAGAAUGGAAAAAAGAUUGCUGCUUUCGUGCCCAAUGAUGGUUGUUUGAACUUCAUUGAGGAAAAUGAUGAGGUGUUGAUUGCUGGAUUUGGUCGUAAAGGACAUGCUGUGGGAGAUAUUCCUGGAGUCCGAUUUAAGGUUGUCAAGGUUGCUGGUGUCUCUCUUCUAGCUCUGUUCAAGGAAAAGAAGGAAAAACCCAGGUCCUAGGUUAAGGUUGUUGGUUUUGUCUUAAAUUUUGCCUACUCAAAUGAAACUUGUACCGUCUUGAAAUGAAUACUGAGCAUCCUUAAAAAGAGACACCCUCCCUACUUUGUUUUGUGCUCUAUCCAUGUCUAUUCAAGAUGAUUUUCUAUACUCUUAGUUAUUUGCUUAUAUUUCCAAUUGGUUUAUUUACUUCUCUUAACGAUGUCAUGAAAAUUUCCGGAAUUUAUGUUAACAAGAUCAGCUUUUUAAUGAUCUUGCAUUUAAAAAAAAAAAGGUCUUUGGAUCUCCUAAAAACUGCUUUAAAACACAACAAUUAACCAUUCAUUCAUUCUCAAAGAUGAUGCUUAACUAGGCAUUUGUAUUCAGGUAUGCUUCAUGGAGUGUUAUGAAAGCAACUGCACUUAUAUUAUUAAUAUAUAUUAGCUCACUUGAUUGAAUUUUUUGGUGAACAUUUCUUGCAGAAUAUUCCUCAGAAGUUCAUGGAGUGUUUCAAGGAGAAACUCUCCCCGUGGUGUACACUUAUAGCGCCAAGUAAACACAAAUGGAAAAUCAGACUCUCGAGUACAUA